AUGGAAGAGUUGCAGAAAGUGUUUGAGGUGAUGCAUGUUGCCAAUGUUGAUCAUGUGGAACUAGCUGCAUACCAAUUGAAGGGUGUUGCUAGAGUUUGGUACGACCAGUGGAAGAAGAGUAGAGCUGAUGGUGCACUAAUUGUGAGCUGGGCUGUGUUCGAUGAGGCCUUCUUGAGGAUGGUUGCUGACAGGACGAGCAGGAUCAGUCUAUUUUUAUCUGGGUUGUCGCUUGUCAGGAUAUCCAAGAGGGUGUACAAGGUAGCUUAUGAGUUGGAGAUGCCUUCAGAAUUAGCAGUAAUUCAUCUGGUGUUCCAUGUAUCCAUGUUAAAGAAGUUUUUGAGUGAUCCUUCACUCAUUGUACCUAUUGAGAAUAUUGGUAUCAAGGACAACCUAUCUUAUGAGAAGGUUCCAGUUCAGAUUCUUGAUCGUCAGAUUAACAAAUUGAGAACCAAAGAGGUUGCAUCAGCCAAGUUCUUAUGGAGUAAUCAAUAUGUUGAGGAAGCUACUUGGGAGGCUGAGGAAGAUAUGAAGAGGAGACACCCACAUCUCUUUCGUUCCGAAGAAAUUUCUAACCAUGGUACUUACUCUUUGUAA